AUGGAUCCAGAUGCCGGCAUACCAAUUGAACCCGAACCCUCCGUCUUCAACUACGUGCUCUCUUUCCUACUUGUCGGCGUCGCAUGGGGCUUCACAACCCCCUUUAUCCGCCGCGCAGCAGCAGACUUCAAUGCCCGACAAGAAAAGCAAGCAACCGAAUUGAACUUAUCAGGACGCGAACAAGGCCACCCACAUGACUCACCGGAAACCGGAUUCACGGAUGCAGGGGAGGAACAGGAAUUGCUCUCUCGGGAGGAAGGAGCCCGUGGCUCCAGUGAUGAAGAAGGUGUGCGGAGGCGGAGUACGAGUAUCAGUGAUGUGAACCGGAAGCCGAAGACUACAGAUGAAGAUAUAGGGCUGGAUGAUGGAGUUGCUGAACAGAGUGGCAGUCAUGAUGGGGAGGGUAGGGAAGGCGGCGUAGAUGAGGGUCAGGAUGGUCUACCCACGCCAGCAUGGAGGCGUGGAGCUCCUGUGAAGCAGUCAUGGCUGUGGGCGAAGGUUGUUACUAUCUUCUGGACGGUUGCAAAUUUGCUUCGUACGCCCGCGUAUGCGAUUCCCUUGGUUAUCAAUCUCACGGGCAGUAUUUGGUUCUUUUUGCUUGUUGGGAAACAUGAACUUUCUUUGACUGUGCCACUUGCAAACUCGAGUGCAUUCUUGUUUACUGUUCUUGGGGAGUGGUACGUUGAGCGCAAGGUAAUUGCGAAAGAGACAUGGUUGGGCAUGGGGCUGGUACUUGGAGGGAUUGCAUUAUGUGUGCAUUCUAAGAACCAGGCUUCUUGA